UUUACAACUUAUAGACUUAUAAACUUGUAAAGUGCACGCAAGUGUUCGACAUGCGUUACAUAUCCUUGUAAUGAUCGAUAUGCAUUACACACCCCUGUUGAAAAGCGUAAUCCAGCAGUUUUGCAGCAAGUGACUUCCGGAGGAAAAUGUAAAAAUUAAAAAUGUUUCCACUGUUUGAACUCGCAAAAAUCCUACAUUUUCGGUAUGAUAAAGAAGGAAGGGUAAUCAAAAUUCACAAAUGGGCUUACAAAGAGAUCGGUGAACUUAGUCAAGUGGCGUUACUAUUGACGAAUGGUUAUGUAGUACUGAGGCAUCAUGUGAGUGGAAGGAACCCAAUAAUUCGUCAGUUUCUCUGGUACCCUGAUAAAACAAUAGAAUGCAUGACCUUUGACCCUACAGGAACAUGGCUUCUCAUUCUAGUGCGGGAGUGUAGGCUGUUCAUUGUUCCGGCACUCUGCAUGUUGGACUCAAAAGCGAAAGUGAACCAGAUUUGGAAGAUUGAUGACAUCACAGAGGUGAAAAUUCCUAGGAGACGUGGAUCUCCAGUUUGCGUCACUUGGUGGUACACACUUGCAGAUCAGCACAUUGCUAUUGUAGGAACUACGAGAGGAUCUAUGCUUCUGAUUGACCUCAUAUCAGGACGACCAUUGGUUCAGUCUGAUGUCCCAGAGCCAAUUCUGAACAUAGAACUCAUCCAGAACAACUCACAGACCAAAACAUACGCACUGAUUAGUACCACGGCAGGAAACCAGUGGCGACUGCUAUUGGAGAAAAAAGAGAACAGACGUACAUUCACAGAUUCUGAGUUAGACACAUUGGGAUAUGAACAAAUAGGCAGUGUCCAGUCUCCGAUGUACUCCAUCAUAAAGAUAAGUGAAGAAGAUGACUUGGAUUCUCUGGAAAAUAUUCCCAACAAAUUCUAUGAGUUUGAGGAGUGGGUGUAUCUAACUCCACAGUAUGCUAAAAGCAGAUAUUUUAUGAGUGUAUAUGAUACCAAACACUACAGAUAUCAGAUUCAUGACACAGAUGUAGAACAGACACCUUUAUUUGAGUACAGGGUCCCAGAAGGAGCCACAGGUAUCAUAUUCACAGACCGACUCAUGUUUGCCACCCAAGAAACUGCAAUAAACAAGUUAACAAUCAUUGCCAAUCAGUUAGCAGAGACAUCUUCCGAUGAAACAGGGGAAUUCAAUGCUGAGGCUGUUCCACAAUACUUUUAUCUACCAGAGAACGAAGAGAUCCAAAUAAUUUACAAGAAAUCUUUUCCAUUUUACUGGCAUGAGAAGCAAGAGGAAGAAGCCAGAAUGAGGCUCCUGGCUGACCAAUCACAAGGCAGAUUAGAGAGUUAUCCUGUAGAAUUCUCUGAGGCUGAACUCAGCAUUCAGAUAGCCAAACACACUGUUCUUGAUGGAUGCCUUAUUAUUACAAAGUCUGCAGUUUAUGAGUGUAGGCCAAGGGUUUCCCCAGAAAGACUAUUUCUGAAUGUAGCUUUGAACUCUACAGAUACCAAUGUGAAUUCAGCAGAACAACUAGGGAUCAUGUUAGGGUUAGACAUUAAUGCCCUCUUUGAGAUGGCAGCAGAACUAAGACUGGCUCGUGGAGAUUGCACUCAAGCUGUAAAAUUGUAUCAGCUCUCCAAGUGUCCCCAUGUAAGGAGGGUUGCAGCAUUUGCCAAAUAUGGUCGCAUGGCAGAAGUGCUCACCUAUGUUCGGCAGAUUCUAUCCAAUCGGGUGAUUGAAAUGACAAAUUCUGAGAAGAGACAGCUGAGUAAUUUGGCAUUACACAGCUUUGUACAACAACUGUGUGCUAAAGGGAAGUCUGACCCAGAAUUGUUACAGGCAUUUAGAGAAUUUCUCCAUGGAAACCAUCACUAUGAUGACAAAACAGCAAUCAAAUUAUUAGCAGAGCACAGCAUGAUGGCCCUUAUGUUUGAAGUGUCAAAACUGAAGAGUUUAACUGUGGAGACACUUGAGGUGCUAUUGAAGCAAGACAAAGAUGGGGUGGGAGAUGAACUGCAAGAUUUGCUACCACAAGCUUACAACAUGUACAUGUUUGCUCAAGUAUCAAACACUGCUUUCUUGAAGUGUCUAUCAUCCAGUGAUUUGGUACAUCUGCUCUCCACCAAGCCUCAACUGGCAAAACAGUUUAUAGAAAUACUGCACCAAAGACAGCAACAUAUGACAAAAGAGGAAUUGAUGAUGCUUGUGACCCUAUUUGACCUGUCUCAGCCAUUUAUGUUGCGAUACUUAGGACGUGUUGCUGGUCUACAACGCCAGAGAAAAACUAGUACAAGCUCUUUCUCUUCCCAGAGUUCAAUGGCAAGCUUUGAUUUGGAGGUUUAUAGUACAGAGAGCUCUGACCUCCAUGAACUCGUCAACUUCUUUGUCUCAUCCAUUAUCCUUCUGUCUAACAAGAGAGCAGGCAACACAUUUGAUACGACCUUCCUCACAGGGGACGUUUGCAAAAAACUUGAUGAUCAAACUGCAGAAUCAAACCCUGGAAGGAGAUUGGCAAGUCGAGUUUGUUAUUUAGCAUGUGGACAACACCAUACUGCAUUAGUUAGAGAUGGGGACUUGUUUAUUUGGGGAAGGACUGCCAAUGGGAGGCUGGGUCUAGGGGACAUUGGGCGGGAAUCGUACCAUAUUCCACCAAGCCCAAUGUUAAUGUUCAGGUCUCUACGUAUACAAGUGACAGCCGUCUCAUGUGGUGUCGAACACACAUUGGCACUUACGGAACAAGGGGUCUAUGGAUGGGGAAGUAGUAAAUUCGGCCAGGUUGGAGUGGGCUCAUUGUAUACCCAAACCAGACCUCAGCUCAUAGAGGAACUUAUGAACAAUCUCUGUGUACAAGUCGUGUGUGGUGCUUACCAUUCCCUUGCCCUCACAGAUGAUGGCAGUGUGUAUAGUUGGGGCUGGGGGAUAUAUGGCCAACUGGGUCAUGGGAAUGCUGAAGAUGCCCACAGACCCCUUGUAGUGAAAGCAUUGCAACAUUUAGAUAUCACCACACUAGCAGCAGGCUACAGCCACAGCUUGGCGCUUACAGCUAAGGGAGAGAUUUGGAGCUUUGGCUGUGGUAUGUUUGGGCAACUAGGCCUUGGAUCAACAGCCAAGGAGACUCUUCCUCAACAGAUUACAGCACUCCCAGAAGCUGUGCGUCUGAUAUCUACUAAGUACUUCCACAAUUUGGCUGUUACCAUAACAGACAAAUUGUACAAAUGGGGAAGUAAUCCUCAGUCAUUACGAGCCAGCGCUCAGAUGUCACGCCGUGCCAAGAGGAGUGGCCAAAAUGUUCCACCAUAUGAGAGCCAUCUGGUGCCAAAGCUAGUUGACACCAGUGCUGUUAUUGACAGAAUUGCCCAGGUAAGCUGUGGGAGUCAACACAAUGCUUUGCUGACGAUUGAAGGUGAAGUGUUCACUUGGGGCAAAAACUUUGAUGGUCAGAUAGGCAAUGGCAACAGACAGGAACAGAGGGAACCUGCCAUGGUUGUCAAGAUCAAUGACCACAAGGUGGCAGCACUGGACUGUGGAGCAGAUUAUACCAUAUGUCUUGAUACAAAGGGGACAGUGUUUGCUUGGGGGAAGAAUGAGUACACUCAGGCGGGUAUUGUUGGGCGUAGUUGUGUUUCACAGUACCCUGGGUCAAAGAGGAAUACACAAAUGAUUGAUAUGGUGGUGCCAUCUAUUGUAAAAAAUCUUCCCACUGGAGGUGAACUCCCAGGGUUCAUGAGCAGUAUUGGAUACAGCCAGGAAAAUGAACAUUGGUGGUCUGAUGACUUAUACGAAUAUCACCCCCCAGAGUUGAUCCUUCCCAACUUUUCUGCCACAUUGGAUGUGCCAUAUGAUAUCUGCAUAGCACCAUACAUUUAUAAGAAGCUGCCACAGUUUUUCAAUUUGAAGAAGGUGCUAGAGUUGUGUGAGUCAUUGGAGAACUGGCAAACUGUAGCAGAUACAUACCACAUAAAAUGUGAAUACACUCAGGCUCUUAAGUUCAGAUUGAAGUCAGCCCAUGCAGUGAAAGAUAACAUGAAUGAUGGGGACUUCCAGUCAAUAGUUGAACAAACAGUGCAAUGUUACACCACUCUGGUGUCUCAAUGUAUCCAUGGAAACAUUGACUCACAGGAGGAAGCAGUGCAAUAUAUUCUAGACGAGGUGUUGGAUUUCUGGAGCGAUAACGAUUUACCUGUGAGUUCUCUUGAGAAGAUCUUAAGCUCGCAUAUCAAACUUGUUGCAAAUGCUUUUGCAAGGCUGCUGUUUAGGGCUAUAAAUAAUCCUUUACUCUGCCAAUUCACACCAGGAUUCCUCAUUGAUAUUACAAGAAUCGCCACAUCUGAUAUGACCAAUGAGAGAUCACUAAGCCACUUCAGCCAUCUAUUGGACAUAGAGAACACUGACAGCAUAGAUAUCUCAGUGCUUGAAAUCACAUCAUCACCGGAGAAACUCUGGCAAGAUAUCACUCAAAGCUACAUCAAAACUGAGGAGUCAAAAAACUAUGUGAUUUUACCAGCUAAAAAAAUCAGAGAACUCACGACAGAGAAAAAUGAUUUUAGUAUACCUACGAGUGGUAAAAAAUCUAAAGAGUUGGUUGCAUUCACAUGCGGCCACAAUUUGGAUCGGGUAAUGUUCAUUGAGAGUGUGAUAACAAAAUGGGACGAAGAUUUGGGCCAGAUUGGUAUCCCAGCUCCCCAAACAGGCUCCCUGAUUACAGAAUAUUACAGGCAUAACAAAUAUAAACCUAUGGCCUGCCCUGAGUGUCUGCUAACAUCCAUCCAUGAGACCUUGUAAAUAUUAAAUUGAACACCUUGUCAAAAGAUCAAUGAUUUGCCACAUGAGAAAGAACAUAUUUUUUUAAUAAAAUCACUCUUUCUGCCAAUUCGAUUAAGGUAGCUCAAUUGACACAUGUGAGACUCCAAAGUUCUCACAUUCUACCCACCUUAAAUUUAGUAAUAAAUAAGCUGUCAGUUGUCUCAUUUCUCAAAUGAAAAUAUUGACUUUUGGAUCAGUUUGAUUGCAAUUCCUUCAAUGAUGUCAGUACAGGGUGUCAAAAUGCAAUUAUAAUGUGCAAUAUAGUAUGUCAAGAUAUGUUGGAUUACUUGUAUAAGAUCAUUAGAUGAUGACAUUUCGAAAUAAUAGCAGUAUUAUUUAACGAGCAAUAAUGCCACUCAAUGGUAAUUUAAAGAUGCUGUGGGAGUGGUAUAAUGGUAUAGGCUGCAACAAUCCUGACAAAAACAAUAUAAAGAAUCUUUGUAUAAAUGCUCAACUGUCAAAAUGGUGUGGCCCACCCUGUAUAUUGUAUAUCUUACAAGGGACUCAGAAAUGCAAAUUUUGUAAUCACUUUCUCAAUGCUGGUGGAAUAAUAAAAUGCAUGUCCCAAUGAGCAUCUACACAAUAAAAUCAUAAUUGAGAAAGUAAUUAAAUAAUUAAAGAGUUCCAUGUUAUUGGCCACCCUGUACUUUGUCUAUCCAAUUUACUGAAAAUGACUCCAAAAAGUCAUAUUGAUUGUUUUUGGAUCAAGUAAAUUGUGUUGUUUGAAGAUUAAAUAUUUGUGGCAGGCAGUAAUUUUUAGAGACUGUUUAAUUACAUGAUCCUCAAAUACAUAUUGAACUUAUAUUCCUUGUCAGACCAUCUUUAUAUAGGGUGAGCCAAAAAAAGG